ACCCACGCUGCCAAGGUCUGUACCACCUGAGGAGGCUUAGUCCACACCAGAAAGAGACCUCACGUACAGUUCUGCCUCCAAAUGCAGAACCAGCUGCUGGUCAAGCUGUGACACGGUGAAGGACAUCAGACCUGUGUCCCCCAGGUCCUCCACCAUCUUCAUAGCCAGUGGUUCUUGCUGCGGUCCUUGCAGCAGCCUGAAGUACUGCAGACCUCCAAUUAAUGACAGGAUACUGCUAAUAAAGCAGGGGUUUGCUUCUAGAAUUUUCUUCUGGUGUGACAUAUCCUGAUAGCCUAAGCUAACUGCUCUGAGCAGAUUUCUAGGUCUUUCUGAUUAAUGGGACUAUUACUUCCUCCUGCAGUCUGGCAGUUGCCCAUUUUCUGUGAAGGGAUAAGAUCGCCAUAGCAAAUAAAUACAUUAUAUUCGUUCAGAUUAUAGCAUUGCCCACUGAUUGAGCACCUUUCUAUAAACAGGGCUGUAUAGUCUCUGCCAUAUGCUACACACCAAACAAUACUCUUUCAUGCUCCAAUACAGCUUCCUUCCUUUUAAGAUAUUUUGAAAGCUGACAAAGAGAUUCUUGUAUUCAAAUGUUUAGAAGUGUGUCAGCUUUCACUCGUGGUGAAAGAUUUGAGAGGUGCCAAGGCACUAUUUUUAUUUUAGGCAGGACAAUACUUUGGUCUGAAAUUGUAGUAAGUUACUGUUGUCUUAAAUAUUCAGAAAUGAGAGUAUUUGUUUCUGACAUACAGUAACUUUCUCUUGAGUUAUUUUGACUAGUCUGAAUACUUAUAAAACUUAACAGAAGUUUUGCAAAAAUUGCAUUAUAAGGAGGAAGAGGUGGAGGUGCUUACCAAAUCCUUUGGACAAGCAGAAUGCAAAGAAACAUCUUUAGAUCAUUGCAGCAGAGUCUUUCUUUUGUGUUUGGAUAAAGCGUCAUAAUCCAACACAGAUGCCCUGUCUUUUGGACAGUCAGAUUUAAUGUCUUGACUAUAGAAAGUUGUGACCAAAACUGGUGCCCCAUCCCAGCAGAACUCUUCUGGAUGCCUUGGUUUGUUGUGAAGUCUUCUGAGCAUCCUAAAGCCAUUUAAUCCCUGAAUGGUUCCUGGUGACUGACCUCUAUGAGGUCUUCCCAAUGUCCUUUCUUGUCUCACUGCUAGUUGGGGAUGUAGUUUUCCUCAUGAUUGUCUAAUUAGUAUGGAUGUAGCUUAUCAUUAUAAAUGUCCUACAUGUUCUGGAGAAUGCUAUUGUCUGUGCUAGGACUUAAUUGCAUUGUACAGUGUGGUGCUGCUUUUUUUUUUCCUUGAGUAAGCCCAGAGACAAAACCCAGUGGUUGCCUGUUCUGUAAGUCUUGCUCACUUUCAAGUGGGCACUGGGUUAUAUGUAGAAGGUAUCUGUUGUGGGAUGGUAGGAUGAGAUGUGUGUGCAGGAGGGCUUGAACAGAGUAGCAAAAGCCUUCUUCAGAAUAUGUAGAAAUGAGAAAAACAUUGUACUAUGAAAAUCCCCAGAGUGAUGUUCAGACUUCAGCAAUCUUAUCUUUGGAUAAUGUUUUGGUCCUGAUGCUGCUUUCAGGUGAAUACAUUUAAAUUUUUAUUUUGUGGGGAAAGCAGCAUGAGGGAUUAUUUUCAAAUGCUGCUAAGCUGUUUUAUACAAGCCUGUACAGUAAUAUACAAGUGGGAGGGUGCUUAAAACUGAGAAGAUCCAUGUUCUGACACAGUAUCUGGAUUUCUCUGCUCUCCUCCAGAAACCUGCUCCUGAGCUGACCAGCCUUGCUUUGUACAUAAAUGCUUCGGUUAGUACCUGCAUUUUCCAGACAGAAAGGGCAGAGUAGUGUUCAGUUCAGGGUUUUUUUUUUUCCUUUCCACAGAAUGAAUCAACGUAGCCAGGCAAACCUUUAUGUGUGAGCACAUGAAAGGCUUCAGUCCCUUUAAGAAUUGCAGAUAAAUCCUGAAGUUCUGAUUUAAAUGAACACUGGUGUUUCUAGAAGUUUAAACUUCAGGAAGUGCUUAAUUUCGGUUGCACAGGUGACCUUGUUGAUCUGUCAGCUCUGUUUGCAGCAUUGUUUAUUAGUGCAUUGCAAGAGGUGAUAGUUGUGCAACCUCGAGUGAAUGAAGUGUUUUGGUUACAUGGGAUGGCUCAAGACUUCUUCCUGGAUGGGGGAGAAAUUGCAGCUGAUGGCUGCUGCUUUCACUCUGGAGCUGAAAGGAAGGAGACUGCAGAUACAGAGUGGAAGAAUCUGAGGCCUUUAUCCUCUGUCCAGCUUUGCAGUUUGGGUAGCCUCUGAUUUCAGACAUCUCAUCAUUUUCACCUGCCAACCUGUCUGAUAUGUCGGGACCCGUGCCGAGCAGGGCCAGAGUUUACACGGAUGUGAACACACACAGACCCCGGGAGUACUGGGACUAUGAGUCGCAUGUUGUUGAGUGGGGAAAUCAAGAUGACUACCAACUAGUUCGAAAAUUAGGCCGAGGCAAAUACAGUGAAGUGUUUGAAGCCAUCAACAUUACAAAUAAUGAAAAAGUAGUUGUUAAAAUUCUCAAGCCUGUUAAAAAGAAGAAAAUCAAGCGUGAAAUCAAGAUCUUAGAGAACUUGCGAGGCGGUCCCAAUAUAAUCACUCUUGCAGAUAUAGUAAAAGAUCCUGUGUCUCGGACACCCGCUUUGGUUUUUGAACAUGUAAACAACACAGACUUUAAGCAAUUAUACCAGACAUUAACAGAUUAUGAUAUUCGAUUCUACAUGUAUGAGAUUUUGAAGGCUCUAGAUUAUUGCCAUAGCAUGGGAAUCAUGCACAGAGAUGUCAAACCUCACAACGUCAUGAUUGACCAUGAGCACAGAAAGCUUAGACUAAUAGACUGGGGUUUGGCUGAAUUCUAUCACCCCGGCCAAGAGUACAAUGUCAGAGUGGCUUCCAGAUACUUCAAAGGACCUGAACUCCUUGUAGAUUAUCAGAUGUAUGAUUACAGUCUGGAUAUGUGGAGCUUGGGUUGCAUGUUGGCUAGUAUGAUAUUCCGAAAGGAGCCAUUUUUCCAUGGCCAUGACAACUAUGAUCAGCUGGUGAGGAUAGCCAAGGUGCUGGGAACAGAAGAUCUGUAUGACUACAUUGACAAAUACAACAUUGAACUGGAUCCACGUUUCAAUGACAUCUUGGGCAGACACUCCCGUAAGCGAUGGGAGCGCUUUGUUCACAGUGAGAACCAACAUCUGGUGAGUCCAGAAGCUCUGGAUUUCUUAGACAAGCUGUUGCGAUAUGAUCACCAGUCACGACUCACAGCAAGAGAAGCCAUGGAACACCCCUACUUCUAUCCCAUUGUGAAAGACCAAGCUCGGAUGGGCUCGUCCAACAUGCCGGGUGGCAGCACUCCUGUCAGCAGUGCGAGUAUGAUGUCAGGGAUUUCUUCAGUGCCAACACCUUCACCCCUUGGACCUCUAGCAGGCUCACCCGUCAUUUCUGCCACCACCACUCUGGGGAUGCCCGUUCCAGCUGCUGCAGGCGCUCAGCAGUAGUGAUGGGCUCUGUCUCCUGCUGCCUGAGCUGAGUCAGGUGGGGAAGAGGUUUCCCCCUCCACCUCUCCUCAGGACGCAGCUCGUGCCUGGCAGGGGAAGGGAGGGGAUGAACGCUUUGGAGGCACCGUGUCUGAACUGUUGCUUGUGGAUUUAUAGUAGUUCAGUCAUUAUAUACAAAAUUAUUAUAGGCUGAUUUUUCUUUUUUUACUUGAACUUUUCGUAACUCAGGGGAUUCCCUGAAAAUACCUACAGAUGGAAUAUUUCUCGGACAGUUUUUCCCCCCCCACCCCCCCAAAAAAGUACUCUUCAUUUAAGAACAAAGAUGAAUCAACAGCAUUUCCAAGCUCUUGCAUCCUGCUGGAAAUCUCUUCAUGUUCCCACCAUUACUCCUCCAUGAGCCUACACCUUGGGGGAUUGUGCUGUUCUCCAGAGACUACCAAACCAAGUCUUCGUGAGGCAGGGGAGGGGGAUUCUUAAAGUACACUCACUUUAACCCCAUGUCCUGCAUAUGACUCAGCCGGGGUACACUGAGGAGACAAUUCCAGCAUGGAGAGGUGGUAUAAGCUUAAAAGGAGUAAGUGCAGAUAAUGUCUGAAACCCUAAUUGGAUUGAAUCAUGUCUCUUGAGGAGCCAACCAGAAUGCCAACUCACCCCCUUGCAUGUAAUUUUAGUCUUAAAAGAUGGAGUUACUGAUCCAAUUGGAGUCCUUGCCACCUCCUUGGAAAGGCGCUCCUGUAGAGUGAGCUGUACUCUAAUCAGCCCCUUUCUCAUGGAGGGUUCUUCCUGCCAUUGCUUGGAUCUCUGGAAUUAGUUUGUUAUUGGGUAUAUUGUUUUUAAAUUGUUUAUAUAGGUUUCAAGCUGGUGGCUACUUAAAGCUGGAAAAAUCAGACUGCGCCAAGUCCGAUAUCACAUCUUCACCCACCAUCCCCUCCCUCACGUGCCAUGUGGUGAGAAUACCAGUUACCUCACAGUCUUGUAAAUAUGCACUGAGAGGAAGGAGCGAGCAGAUGUUAACUUAAACUGAAAUGGUAGAUCAGUAAUUGUGGACAAAUACUAUCAUUGACAACGGAAAAGCACCCUUGUUACAGCCCUGCUACCCCUUGCUGUGUAUAUAUACUUUGUCCUUCAUAUGUGAAAGAUCCAGUGUUGGAAUUCUUUGGUGUAAAUAAACAUUUGGUUUUAUUUAUCGA